CCCUUUCUAUCACUGUACUUUUCUUUUCCCCAUCUUCUCCUUAGAUAUCCGAAAGCUAUGAAGUUCAUUGGUUGACACCAGAAUCAUCGAUCAUUUCAAAUAGAAGCACAGAACCUCUUAGACUUAGUCUCUGUAAUGGAUUAUGAACCUCCAUUCAUGGAGACCUACAAGACCCUUGUGCAAAAACACAUUGGGGACUCAAAAAAUGAUUCCGUCUCUGUGGUGGAGACAUGUGAGCUACCUUUGAUUGAUCUCAGCCGGUUAGCACUUGAACAUCCAGAGAGAGAUGAGUGCAUGAGAGAAAUCAGUGAAGCUGCUAGUCAUUGGGGUUUCUUUCAAGGGGUUAAUCAUGGGAUUUCACAAGAGCUUCUAGAGAGCAUGCAAUAUGAGCAAAGGAAAGUGUUCUAUCAGCCUUUUGUGAACAAGUGUUCAGAAUCUGUCUUUGGUUUAUCAGCCAAAACUUACAGGUGGGGGAACCCAUCCGCUACCAAUCUGAGGCAACUUUCGUGGUCAGAAGCCUUUCAUUUUCCUCUGACAGAUAUAUCCAGAAUGGACCAACAUAUGAGUCUAAGAUCAAGCCUUGAAGCUUUUGCAACAAGAAUGGCCCCACUUGCGGAAAGCUUGGCUGAAAUUCUAGCCUGCAAAGUGAAUGUGAAAUCCAGCUAUUUUCCACAGAAUUGCUUGCCAAAAAGCUCUUACAUUCGACUGAACAGAUAUCCUCCAUGCCCAAUAUCUUCAAACGUGUACGGUUUAUUGCCUCACAAUGACACUAGUUUCCUUACCAUUGUUUAUCAGGAUCAUGUUGGGGGAUUGCAAUUGCUAAAAGAUGGAAAAUGGAUUGGUGUCAAGCCUAAUCCACGAGCUCUAGUUGUUAACGUUGGCGACUUAUUUCAGGCAUUGAGCAAUGAUGUUUAUAAAAGUAUAAAACACCGUGUGGUUGCUGCUGAAAGGGUAGAGAGGUUUUCUAUAGCAUUUUUCUAUUGCCCCUCUGAGCAGGCAGUAAUACAAAGCCACAUCAAACCAACUAUGUACAGGAAAUUUACUUUAAGGGAGUAUAGAGAGCAGAACCAAAUAGAUGUCAAGCAAACCGGUGAUAAAGUUGGGCUCUCUAGAUUUGUUCUAUAGAUAUAUAUAAAUAUAAGAACAUUUUAGGUUUGAGUAAUUGACAGAUUUAAGUUCUGUAAAACGGGUUAAAUGGAGAAUAUGAAAGCUGCCCCCGAAUGCCCACAUAGUUACUUGAUCCAUUAUAAAUUUAUGAAUUAUCAUGUA